AUGCCCAGGGGACAGAAGAGUAAGGCUCGUGCCCGUGAGAAACGUCGCCAGGGGCUCAAGGAUACUCAAGCAAAGGCAGCAGAGGGAGGAGAGUCACGUGCCUGCGCUGAUCAAGCUUCAGGAGAUGCUAAGGCAAGCACUCCUCCUGCCGACUUCCCACAGCACUCUCAGAGCUCAGCCCCCAGCAAAGGAAUGGGCCCCAGAGGGUCUGCUAAAGGUGACCAGGGCCAAGGAGAUGGAAAGCAGAGUUCCUCUGGGGCUUUACUCUCCACUGGAAGCGUACAGAUGGAUCUUCUGACAAGGAAGACAGGCGUGUUGAUGGAGUACAUGCUCUGCAAAUACAGAGUGCAGCAGCCCAUGAGGAGGGGAGAGAUGCUCAAAGUCAUCAACAAAAGGUGCAAGGAGCACCUCCCUGAGAUCCUUAAGAAAGCCACAUAUCGAUUGGAUGUGGUGUUUGGCCUUGAGUUGAAAGAAAUCCAGCCCAAUGGUCAAUCCUACAUGCUUAUCAGCAAGCUUGAUUUCCAGGAUGAUGGAAGUCGGAGCAGUGAGCUGUCUAUUCCUACUAGGGGCAUUCUGAUCCCUCUUCUUAGUGUGAUCUACUUAAAUAACUACUGUGCUUCAGAGGAGGAUGUCUGGCACUUCCUGCAUGUAUUAGGAGUCUAUGAUGAGAUCUUACACCUCAUCUUUGGGGAUAUCAAGAAGCUCAUCACUGAAGAGCUAGUUCGCAAAGAGUACCUAGAAUACCGUCAGGUUCCUAACAGUGAGCCUCCAUCCUAUGAGUUCCUGUGGGGCCCGAGAGCCUAUGCUGAAACAAGCGAAACAAAGGUGAUGGACUUUUUAGCUAAGGUCAGUGAAAGCAUGCCUGGGGUUUACUUAUCUCGUUAUGAGCAGGCUUUGGUCGAAGAGGAAGAGAAAGCCGAAGCCAAAGCCAAAGCCGAAGCUGCAGCCAAGCCUGGCACUAAGGGCAAGGCCAAGGGACAUACUAAGAUCAAGUUAAGCCAUCCUACUCACAAGUGA